AUGGAGCCCACGUCAGCUCCUCCCGAUCCGACCACAGCCAAGGGAGGAGAACGAGAAGGAGAACGAGGAGGAGGAGGAGGAGGAUCAUCAUCCACCACAACGACGUCGUACCAGCACCACGCGCCAGCUACAACCACAACACCUCCACCGCCGCCGCUGAGCCGGUACGAGUCGCAGAAGAGGCGGGACUGGAACACCUUCCUCCAGUACCUGAAAAACCACAAGCCACCCUUGACCUUGGGCCGAUGCAGCGGGGCCCACGUCAUCGAGUUCCUCAAGUACCUGGACCAGUUCGGGAAGACCAAAGUCCACGCCACGGGCUGCCCGUACUUCGGCCACCCGAGCCCUCCGGCCCCUUGCGCCUGCCCGCUCAGGCAGGCCUGGGGCAGCCUCGACGCCCUCAUAGGCCGGCUCCGGGCCGCGUACGAGGAGAACGGGGGCCGGCCCGAGUCCAACCCGUUUGGGGCCCGGGCCGUCAGGAUUUACUUGAGGGAGGUCAGGGAAGGGCAGGCCAAAGCCCGCGGGAUUCCGUACGAGAAGAAGAAGCGGAAACGACCUUCCGCUGCUGCUUCUGGUUCUACGAGUAGUGGUGUGAAUGUGUCGGUGGCGGAUACUCAGACCGUGCUGCCGACGUCGGGAGGUGAGUCUACGUCUCUGCCAGCUGACGGUGGUGGUGGUGGUGGGGACAGUGGUAGUAGUAGUAGAGUUGCUUCUGGAAGUGGAAGGACGACUAACGUCGUCACUAGCGCCGUUGCGUCUACGACAGUAUAG